CAAAAACAAACGUUUUGUUUAUAAAAAAAAAUUAAAAUUAAUAUAAUACUAUUAUUUACAAUUAUUUAUCUAACAAAUUAUGGCUGCAGGACUUGAUAGCUUCGUAAACCAUACUGUUUCGAUUAUUACUUCGGAUGGAAGAAAUUUCAUUGGGACGCUUAAAGGCUACGACCAAACGAUAAACCUAAUUCUUGAUGAAUCCCACGAAAGAGUUUAUUCAACGACAACAGGAGUCGAACAAGUUAUGUUGGGGCUGCAUAUAAUUCGAGGAGAUAAUGUCGCCCUUGUAGGACAAGUUGACGAGGAUAUAGAUAAUAGGCUAAACUUAGCAAAUAUGAAAGCUGAACCAUUAAAUCCUGUUACACAUUGAUAGUAAUAAAUUAUAAAUUUGUCUUAAAAGUUUCUUCUAUUUCCUACUGUAAUUUGACUCAAUAA